GCUCCCGUCCCAGGCCAUGCCUGUAUUUAUAACCUUCAUGCUAUGAUGCAGGCAUCGUUGACCCUCCCCUCUGUGGCCCGGCCUCGUACACCUCCAGCCUCGUUUCGUUAUGUCGGACGCUUACAUGCAAUUCUGGGCUUCUCCGUCCGCGCCGGCGACCGCCUUCGGGCGCCACCGCCCUCUCGCACCCCUCGCCGGCGUGCAUGUGUCCCCAAUCUGUCUCGGGACAAUGAGCAUCGGCACGACAUGGGCCCCGAUCACUGGAACUGUCACCAAAGAGGUGGCGUUCAAGAUAUUUGACGCGUAUUACGGGGCCGGCGGGAACUUCAUUGAUACGUCGAACAACUACCACGACGAGGAGUCUGAGGCGUUCAUUGGGGAGUGGAUGGAGGCGAGGGGCAUCCGGGAGGAGAUAGUGGUUGCGACGAAGUACACUAGCAACUACAAGCGCGGCCAGAAGGUCGGGCAGAUGACGCACUACGCGGGUAACAACAUGAAGUCUCUGCACAAUUCUGUGGAAGCCUCCCUGAAGAAGCUCCGCACCGAUCACAUCGACAUUCUCUACGUGCACUUCUGGGACUGGACUUGCGGCAUUGAGGAGAUCAUGAACGGCCUGCACAACCUCGUCGCGGCGGGCAAAGUGCUGUACCUCGGCAUCUCUGACACCCCAGCAUGGAUUGUGGCGAAGGCGAACACGUACGCGCGGUGCAUGGGCAAGACACCAUUCUGCAUCUACCAGGGCCUCUGGAACGUCAUGCAGCGGGACUUCGAGCGUGAUAUCAUACCUAUGGCGCGCGCGGAGGGAAUGGCGCUAGCCCCGUGGGGUGUCCUGGCGUCCGGCAAAAUACGGACAGACGCGGAAGAAGAACGGCGUGCCCAGACCGGGGAGCGAGGUCGUAAGGACAUGGGCAGCGACGAUUGGAAGCGUACGCCGGCGCAACGGAGGGUUUGCCAAGCGCUCGAGAAGGUGGCAAAAGAGGUCGGCGCCAAGAGUAUCAGAGCUGUCGCUAUCGCAUACGUGAUGCAGAAAACGCCAUACGUAUUCCCAAUCAUCGGUGGCCGGAAAGUCGAGCAGAUCACAGACAACGCCGAAGCACUCGAGAUCGCUCUGAGCCCCGAGCAGAUCACGUACAUCGAGAGCGUGGUCCCAUUCGACCCUGGAUUCCCUGGAUUCGUGUGCGGCGACGGUUCGUUCUAUAUACCGCUUCAGGGUUCAGCAGGCAACUUCGACAGAUGGCCUACCCAGCAAGCUAUCCGACCCAGUGGCAGCAAAUCGGUUCGCGCCCUCAACGGUGCGAACGGGUCGAAUGGUCACGCGUGAGGUGUUC